UGGACAACAAAAACGCUGCAGCUCGUAAUUAAGCUUUAUGAAACUAAGUUGAAUAAUAAUAAAACUUAGUUGUGCAGUCAAAUGAUGUAUAUCAUCCACUCUCUUCUUUGUGUUCCGUUUCUUGCGCGCUUCCCCCAUCCAUUUCAAGAUGACCAGAUACCUACUUGUCUAAUUGUUGACGUUACUGAACUGGGCUGAGUGGACUUUGGAAGGUCACCUGCCCGCAGACCUUAAAACAGCUGUUGCACCUCUGAUGCGAAGAACCUGACACCAAAAGUACAGAUGGCCCAAUUUACUGAGCUGGGCAGUGAAGUGGCUGCAUUGUGUUUUGAAAGGCUAGGUCAUGUCCUCGAUGCCAACUUUGGCAACAUGGAGAUGCAGCAGAAGAUGGAUAUCAACUUCAUCCUCAAGUCGCCAACGGGUCAGGAGCUUAUCAAUGAGCAGUCCCGAACAGAAGCUAUUCACAGGCACGAGGUGAAGGAACCCGGCGACCACACGCUGUGCUUCGACAACAGCAUGUCGACAGUAUCCAGCAAGACUGUCUACUUUGAGGUCUAUGUGGACAAAACAGGAGGCGGAAGUCAGGAGGACGACGACUGGGACGCUGGCGAGAUUCCCUACUCGCCCGAACUUGUCUACAAUGACACGUACAAAGACAUCAAGGCGACCAUCAAAAAGGUGCACGAGAACCUGAACCAGGUGACGCACUACCAGGACACCAAGCGCGCGCACGAGGCACGCGACCGCAACGUGCAGGAGCACAACUUCACGCGCGUCAACCAGUUCUCCAUGCUCUUCAUCGUCGUCAUGCUCGUGGUCGGCGCCAUCCAGGUCAUCAUGGUGCGAAGCCUCUUCGAGGAACGCAGCCGUCUGCGCAAGAUCUUCCAGUACCUCUCCUGACAACGGGGCUGUUGCAGUUUUCGUCCCCGUCGUCAAAUCCUCGUCGUCCUCCUUUUUUCUUCAACCUUGCCUCCGCUCCGAGAAACUGAGUCUGUGACAGGUGCUCUUGAUGUGGUCUUCUUUAAUCGGGAGUGGUGGUGCCGUGCAUUGUCGAGCUGUCUUCAGAUUUGAGCACUUUGACGGGCUCGUCUUUCGCUGGAAAAAAGUGCCACCCCACUCACAUUUGUUUGCUCACAGUGCCGUGUACUUCUAUCUUGCUAUGGUCGAUGAUGCACCUGUUAGGUUCUCCUUCCCCUCGGCACACGUAGAAGAAAAAAAAAAAAAAAGGCAGCAAGCAGUCAUUUUAGGCUCACUUUCCUAACCAAUAUUCUGGCAAUAUCGGCUGCCCCUGUAUCUUUUCAAUGAAGACAACGUUUGCCUAGCAAUGUGGCAUUUUUUCCUUUCUUUGUCAACUACACUUGUCUGCGGGAGGUGCUUUUUGGCAGAACGUCUGGUCAUGAGAGGCAUUGUAAUUAGCUUUUUUAAUUUUUUGUUGCAUUGAAGAUAUUUUGAUACCACUUGAUUGAGCUGUGACAGUUGGUAUGCACAGCAAGGCUUUUCUGUUUCCCGUGUUAUAUACUUCAUUUUUGUACCUUUUGUCUCGCAUUUGUCAUGUUUUUCAAGACCUAUACCAAAAAAGAAAUGUUUUUGAAGCUUGUACGAGAACUGUCGCGUACUCUGUUGCCCUGGGUUUAUGUUGCAGUGGUAGCAUCUUUUUGUUCUCUUUCUCUGCCUUUUAUGUGAAGAGUGAAUUCGUUACCUUAGGCUAUUAUAGAGGCACGUAACACAGCAAUGCAGUCGAUUUUUUAAAAUACCUUUGUUAUGAGCAUAUAUUUAUUGCAUGCCGAUAUCAGCAAGAAACAUUUUCAAUUUUCAUUAUUAUAUCCUGACUAUUCAUUGUAUAGAGGUUGGAUAGCACCAGUUGUGGUAUGCUCACUUGUACCACUGUUGUUAAUAACCUUUGGAUGCAUCAAAGGCGAAAGAUUAUAAAGGGACACUAAAGGAAAAAUUUAAAUCGAGCUAGAUUGAAAGAUUAGGCGUCUGUAAUAGUGAAUUCAUCAUUCAUAGAGAGAACAGAGCUUUUAUGACCAAGGAAACGGAAAGUCAGUGUGGUCUGCUCACCAGAGAGCAGGAGAGAGGAAAGUCGCAUGGAGCUUACUUCAACUCGUUCGUUCUGGCAAUUCAAAUUGAGGAGCAGCAGAACCUUGAGCGAGCAUUUUCUACUCAAUAAAGUGGUAUGUUGGCACAUAGAAAACUAUGAUGUACUUCUGGUCGAAUUAUCUGUCAGUCUAGCUCGACUUAACAUUUUUGUGGUCCUCCCACCAAAGCGCUAGCCCUAACUCUAUCAGCUACUCUUCAUUGAACACUCCUGUAUCGUUCUGAUGUUGGAAGCAUUGCAGCACAACAUGGUGGUAUGCAAGAAGUGCUUCGCUCGAUAGGCUUCCACCAAGUUGUCAAGCAUCCUUGUACAGUACUGCUUGCUGUUAAAGGAAACACCUAGCUGGUAGUAAAGCCAAUAUAACUCACACUUCUACAUAACUGAAAGAGAAAAAUUGCCAAUACAACGUGUUACAUUGAUAUUUAUGUUUUAAAAGAUAGUUUGUGUACCUUCAUGACCUAUUGCAGCAGUAAUUGGUAGUCAGAUAACUGGAUGUUUCCUUUCUAAAGUGGAGCGUACUGUACAUAAAAGGUCAGUGUGGAAAUGCUUGCACGAGGAGAUGGUAACAGCACUAGUCCUUUGUGCUAGCAUCUUUCGCCGGUUGUCUUAUUGUUUACGACAACAUUCCAAACUAACCCAGCAAGAAACUUUACUCAAUGUCUGAUAUCCUGCGUGGUACUCAGUCUUUUUUUUUUCUUUGUGCAGGGCAGGAAGGUUUUCAUAGUGAUAGAAAGGGGUUCAAUACAAAAAAAAAAAGGUGCAAACUUGAGAGCUAAAAGAAAUAUAGAAGGUACCAGUUUUCUUGUUUUACCUCAUGCUCUUGUCUUGUUUCCUCUGAACUAUUCAUUAAUAAUGAACUGGGUAAGCUCUCACAACUUCUCUGUCAAGGUUAUGUGGAUGCACAUCAUUUUAAGGAAAGCGUUUUAAUGCGUCCGUAUGAAUUUAUAAUCUUGAAAAGGAGAUCUGCUGACACGAGGUCCUGGAUGUUAAGAGCAUCUGAUUAAUCUUCUUUUUAAAAUUUUUUUUUAAGAGCAGUAAAACAUCUGAAUUUUCGUACUUGCGAGAGGAAGCAGAUGAAAAUUGUCGUACUGACCCCAAACUCAAACAUCAAGGAUGAUGAUUAUGGCUUCUUUGGUUGCACUCAAUCUUGACAGCUAAUGGUGUUUUUAUUUUGUCGUGUAAGUGACUCCCUGUUCCCUUUUCUUACUGUACAGAAGAUCACCUACGUGAGUGAACAUGAUGCUCAGUUUAGGAAAAUGGAAAUUGCCACUGUACCCAUUUAGCAGUUGCUUCUUGCUUUACCUUGUUCCAAUCUAUUUUAGUUGAUAACUUGCCUUAGUCUUUCACAUAGUACUGUUCUUUCUUGUCGUCACCUCAUUGCAUGGUACAGGCUGCCUUUAUGUUGGCGCAUCUCAGUUUAUAAAAGGUUUCAUUUAAUAGACUGACAUAAACCUGCUUCUAUUAGGUCAGCUCUAUGUGGCAUGUCGGUUUCACAUUUUAUAGGAAAUUUAUCCCGGUGCUGAUCUUAUUCUGAAAAUUUGCAUGUCAUCUCAUCUUUCUCGGUGAAAAUUGAUCCUUUUAUCUGAAAACGUGAAGUGCCUGACCAUUGCCACAUACUUGAAUAUCUACGGAGAGAUUUUUAAUCUUGUCUAUAGUGAGUGACAACUUACAAAUACAGUGGCAAAUACACUGCUGCCCAGCCUAAACAGAAUUUGUAUAGAUGUGCCAUCCAAUUAUGUUAGCUCAUUUUGAUGACAUCAUGAUGGAGGCGAAAUUCUUUCAAUAUUGGCAUCCUUUAAAUACUAUCUUGUGUAGUGAAAAGGCACAGAGGGUCAGGCAGGUUCGGUGUGGGUUUGUGGGCUUGUACUGAAUACUUACGUUGUCGAGCAUAGACCGAUUACACACGUAACCAGUCAAUACACAGUGUGUACACAUAGACAGACUGAUCAGUACAUGUAAGCGAAGGUGCUAGUUCAAAGGAGAUCAGCAAUUUCGUUCACAUGUGAUUGAGGCUUCAGAGAUUUACCACUGUGUGAGUCAUGCUGGGUGCACUGCCGUCUGCUAGAGCUUUCAGAACACAGUAAUUGUGAAAGUACAAAAUUUUUAAUUGUGUGUAACAUGCACCGCUGGCAUUAAAAGUUAUUUGUAAGCAUUUGCAUAUCUGACUGCUGCAAUACAAGUUUAAAUUCUGGUAGCUUUCAAUUUUGUGCUGCCAAUGUUAUGCAAAAAAGUUUGUCUGUUGGCCCUCACAUUAGCUUUCCACAUUUGGCCUCCAGAGCAUGCAUGAAAUGAAGGCCAAAUGUGCAUUACGACUGCAUCACUUCUCCAAAAUGAGCCUGUGAAAUGUCAGCUCUAUACUUGUCAACCUGUAGACUGUUUUAUAACUGGUGUUACCUUAAGCAUGAAGCAGACAGGCAGGGUUAUGAUUGUCUCUUUAGUCCACAAACUAUUUUGUUAUAACUUAGCUUUUCCUUCAUUCUGUUAUAGGUUAGCUUGCAUGUGUUUGAAAAGCAGCAUUUUCCUGGUCACUGGUCUCGCAUUGACCACUAUGGGCAUUGUACUUGCUGCUACCACCUUCCCUAGUCCCACCGUCUUUGCUUUCUAGCUGUGAUAAGAUGGGCAGGCAGUGUGGGCUGUUUUGUCCAGAGCUUGUACUGCAAUCCUGUACUGCUUAUUAGAUAGUCCUAGCCCCUGGCAUCUCCACAUUACUGUUACCAUAAUACCAGAGGUUUAGGUGGCAAUAUCACCAUCAGUGACAAUACCUUGUGAGAAAGUGUUAACUAGAAUGCGCUACUAGCGCUAAAGCUGCACCCCUCUUUUCGGCAAAAGAAGAAAAAGCCUAAAGUACUUUCAUGAAAUCGUGGCAUUGCUGACGCCUUUACAGCAGCAGAUGAACAGAACAUGGCUGUGCAUUGUGUAAAAGUUCUGUGUGCUCUUAUUGACCAAAGUGUCACAUAAUGAUGUUGCUCACAUUAGUGCAUCAGUCUAUAUCUCCACUCUCUGUGUAGUACUGUAACAGUAAUAGACAGAUUUAGCACAGCAGGAAUAGUAGUGUUGAUGAGAAUGUCUUGCGAGGCUGUGACCAUGACACAUCUGAAACAUGUUUGCAUUGCAUGGCGCCCGUCUUCGGGGAGAAAAAAAAAAAAAAAAGCCUGACAAUUGUCCCUGCUGACACAUUUCAAGAGUACAUCAGUGUAGUACAGUCGGUUGUUGCAUUACGUACUCUAUGGUCUAGGAUUCAAAGUGGUGUCAAAAGAUGGCAUUACCAGUGCUGCUGUUCACAUCUACACCUUUAGAUUCUUUGUAUAUACCUGGCUUAAACCCCCUUACUGUGCCAUAGCGGUUUAAAUAUGCGUGCAUGUUUAAUAUUUUGUGGCAGCAACGCCAAGCAACUUCAGUGGCAUUAGUAACUAGUGAGUACAAUCUAGUUACCACUACAGUACUAGUUCACGUGCUAGCACGCACGUGAUGGAGGCAGCUUAUUAGGCCAACACUUUCAUGCCUUUUAGUGUGUUGUAAAUAGGCUUUUUGCUGUGCUGCUACCCUAAAUUUGCACUCGAAGCUGUUACCACAGUUCGAAGCCGUUUGCGUGGCAACAUCACAUAUUUAUGCGCAUGUCUGCAUCGUUUUAUCGAAUUGCCUUGGUUUGCAGAGUGGCCAUGUCCCUUACCUAGAAAAAAAAAUGAACACGUUGUGUGUUUCACAUAAUGGUCCCAGUCACAUGACUUUCACUGUGAAUAUGGCUCAGAACUGCAUUUGUGCAUGGAUUGUUUUUGAGUAUGUCGAAAGUGUGGCAACCUUGGGCCCAGCAGCGUUUCAUCUCAAAUAACUUUCCACUCUUGCGCUUGGCAAGUUCGAGUUAUGUAAUUUUGUGCAUUUUUCGAAUAUGUUAUCAUAGAACCACGGAAAAAGCUACGAGACCCAGAAUCUGAACAAGUUGUAGGCUUCAUGUAUCACCAUUAAUUUCGAAGUAGGAUCGACCAAUGCGGAAUUGAAAGCAAGGCAUAUAUGCUCCUGAGCCUAUUAGCUAGAGUUACAAGGUUAAUUUCUAUGUGCAUUUCAUUAAGUGAGCAUGCAAUAACCUUUGCGGCAUGCAAUAAAUGUAAUCUGGCUGGACAGUUCAUACCAGCAGAUGAAUGACGACAUAGUUUUGAAAGAUAGACGUGCAAGAAAUUAUUGAAAGCAACAAAUUGGUGCAAAAAUGCAUAUUCUUCUGCUUUUGUGACUGAACAGAAUGUAAGCAUUUUGUGCAAGUGUGCCCUCGUGCCUUCUAUGACUGAAGAAAAGGAAAGCAAGUUAUGCGCAGAGGGGGGGGGGGGGGGGGGGUUGUGCUGUAUCUCAGCAUUGCUGGACAGUGAAGGCAGUAUCAUUGCGUGGCAAAAUCAGUCUUAGACUGUCGAAUUUUUUAAGUGUGGCAGCUAUAGACGGCUUGAUUGGUGUAAACACCCCAAUCUCUUCACCUAACACAGGGAACAUAAGUGUGGCAGCUAUAGACGGCUUGAUUGGCGUAAACACCCCAAUCUCUUCACCUAACACAGGGAACAUAAAUGGCAGCAUGUCAACCUGGCCUGGUAAACAUGCUCUCGUUGUUGUUGGAAGUAUUAUCAACGUCAAAUGCAUCUUAAAGUUUGCCCUCCCUGAAAGAAGGCUUUCCGUGGCCCUUGUUUUUCUUCCAGCUGUGUAAGCGAUUUUUUAAACUUGCCAUUCAAACUACGUUCUAAGAAAAGCUUACACCCUUUCGGGUGUAUCUUGUCCUCAAGCAAUAAACAUUGUGUGUCUCGCUUGCAUUUCCUUUCCUGAAAAAUCUGCGCUCCCUACUUUCCUGUCUGAAUGCUAUCUCACACUCAUAACGUGUAUGCCAUUCGUGACCUGGAAGUACCAGGUGCGCAGAGUUAAAGAAAGGAAAGACGCAUUGUUUGGAGAUAGGAUAGGCCCCAACGGUCUGAAGAGUGUAUGUGAAAGACAAACAUGUGAGCAAAAUUUGUGUAUGUCUGCCAAUCGUACAAGAACGCAAAAGUGCAGUGAAAGAGGUGGGGUAAAACCUAGUCAUGUAUAGCGUAUGCCCAGGCCAGCUGUAUCCGUGACAGAAGGCAUGUUAGUGCUUCUCAGGUGACAUGGCGUUUUUGAGGUGACAUGCGUCCUUUUGUUUUUACCAUUUGUCUGAACAUAUUUGUAACUGGGGCCGGUUGGUACAUGUUGAAACUAGAGUAACUGCACAUGGGACAGGACGGCGAUCUGUAACUUGUCUAUUAUUUUUUCUUUAGCUGUCUCGUUUCAUCUCAUGGCAACACUACUAAGCAUGGGCAUUAUUCUUCACUUUAGAUGUUCAUGUCUGCCAUUUGUUAAGCUGUGCUAUAAUGCUAAAGUGAGAUGCAUACACCAAAAUAAUUAACUAGAAAGCGCAUUUGCUUAUCAGUAUUCAACAGUUUGUGCGAUACUGCUGUCAUUCAUACACAGAUGCUUAGUUUUGGUGCUAGGGUGCAUUUGGCACCCAAUCACACUGCAGGUAUACAUUGCAAUGUGUAAUGAAUCGCAAGAAGUGUUCUGUAUUGUUUUGACGUGGUAGUACUCUCUCGAGUGAUGCGACAAAGAUCAUCUAAGUUCUUUUUAACCAAUGAUUACUCAUCACAUGUGAAUUGCAACCUGACAUGCCAGUAUGUAUAAAGCAGCUCCCUGGCUGAACAUUUUGCCCCUUAGAACACUUUUUAUGUUUGUUGUAGAUCCUGAGCAACUAUGACCUCUUGAAUACAAAUCUGGAGGUGCUCCCUGUCCUGUUGCUUGUGGGAGUACAUGCUUUUUUUUUUUUUCACCAAGUUAAACAAUCCUGGUUUCUUGUGCAUAGCAUGAAAAGUGGGCAGGAAGCAGAGAGUGGAGCUCUAAACACACCUGCCUGAGCUGACAAGCCAAUGCACUAUUUUUUGCUGAACUCGUCCUCAUGCAAAUUUUUUUUUUUUCUUGCCUUUCUUUUUUCAUUUAUGGCAUGAGUUGCAUGUGUGCGUUCUUUGCAUUUUGUCAGCAUCUAAGAAAGGAUGCGCACUUUGUGUAGUUUUUGUUCACUUAAGAAAACAAAGCUGCCAUCAGGCUGUCAUGUGCAUUCAACAUCGUUUUUCUUUUUUCUUGUGCAGAAGCAAAGUCGCUGUAUACAAAGGCAUUUCUUGCGGUCAGUGUUACGAAUGCAUUGCUUUUGCUUUCCCGUUUAAUUGCGUGGAUUUAGCAAAAUUGUGUCAUUACUGGUAGAAGGGGUCUGUUGUUUUUCAGUGCACUUGUUUGUAGCCCAUGUGGCUUCUACGCUAUUGAAACGAUUGUCUGGAAAGUGGUUGAAUGUCCUUACUAAAGGAUGUCCGGAAAGCCAGUUGCGGAUUCAUAUUUCUAGUAGUUUACAAAACAGCAAGCCAAUCUUGCCACCACCAAUUCUACGCCGGAAUAACCUAACAAUUCCAUUCCAACUCUAUUCCUUUUCACGUUUCGUCAGUGGUCCGAGCGGCACCACGCCUACGUUACCACCAGGAUUGGCUUGUCCCGAGAUUUGUGUUUUAGAUGAUCGGAGGCCUUGAUUCAAUAAAUUUGUUGGUUCAGCCAGCCUCCUCAAGGAAAAGUCAUGCGGCUUCGAAAUUCAGGAUUGUGGCAGGUUGAGUGUAUUAAUGCACAGUAAGCUCUUGUGCAACUAUUGGUCUGCCGCGUGCGCAGCAAAAAAAAAAAAAAAAACAAUUCAGCUCCUCUUGUCGGUGAAGUUCAUUCUGUUCAAACUAGUGUGUAGGCUUUGAGACGAAGAAUUUGAAAUUGACUUUCAGGGCAUCCUGUGGCACAGUGACUAUAACAUACCAAAGAUGUAUGGAAAGGCGUGACGGGUUGUAAAGCGUCGUCCACAUAAUUGUACGUGCAGCGGUAGCAGCAGCCAUCAUUUGUCAUGGUGAAAAAGCAUGCUCUUUAUUUUGUCGAGAGCGCAAUAAACUCUGUGAUUCAAACCAA